CUAAAUCUGUACAUAAAUUCACCUAUCAAUUGGCUGGAGUAGCUGCUUAGCCCCUCUCCCCUCCCCAUCAAUAUGUCUGCUCUAAGUGCCGCUCUCGCUGCCUGCAAUCGUCCCAACGUCGCCGUACUCAACGUCGUCGACGUUCCGCUCAACAACCAGGAGACAUUAGCUUGUCCUUCCGUUGUUCCCAAAUCUCCAGAGUCUCCCUACUUUGCCUCGAGUGACGAUAGCUCAUUGCGAGCCUCAUCUUCAUCAUCGUCCACCUGCAGCAUGCUCUCCGUUCAGACAGACGUGCAGAAUCUUUCUUCUGAGACAAGACCCAACGAACAUCUUGCCGUGUUGAUGCCUAGACACCUCUGGAAGGCUGAUAACUUGGCUUCGACCUGCGACAAUUUCUACUGUAAAGUCAACUUUACCAUCUUUGAACGCAGACAUCACUGUAGGAAAUGCGGCGGUGUGUUCUGCAAGGUGUGCACUUCGCGUCUGACACCCCUUCUGGAUACCUCCAAGCUCUCCUUCCUACAUCCCCCUCAUAAUGUUUCCAUUUCUACCUUUGCAUCAUCCGAAUCUCCUGUCGUCAAGGCGCGGGUAUGUGAUGACUGUUGGGACCAGCUGUAUGGCUGUCCUUCGACUCCCCGAACACCCGAGCUCGUUCGACCUUCCUUACCGAUCAACCUCAUGCCGAAACUCCAACUCCCACUCUCUCCCACCGACAGUCGCGCUAGUUCGCCCUCAUCUUCUAGCCCAAGAACGCCCCCCAAUGGUCUUGGUCUAGUAGUGCCUUUCGAGCGUAAACCUACCACCGAGACCAGCUCGCUCAAACGAGUGAGCUCUCGCUGUAGCAACUCCGAUCUGCGUCGUCGCACUGCUCUUCGUGGGUCAUCAAUGACGUUGCCCGAUGAGGAACGGUCAUUUGGUGAACUUGACUCGUACCCGCUGAGACGCUCCUCAGUGCUAUGCAAGGCCACUGGCGGAGGCCGGUGGGAACCUAAACAAGGCCCAGUUUUCGAUGGUCAACGAGUACCCGUUCCGGGAGGUAAAGCACCGUACGAAAUUCGCAUGGAGAAGGAGCUCGAGGAGGAACGGAUACGCAAAGCAAACCCGGUCAUUAAAGAUGGAGAGUUCCAGUACCGAUUCCCACGGGAUCCAGAGAUAGCGCUUCCUGUAAGGAGCCUAUCGCUUUCGACUUUUUGACCAUCAAGUUGUUCGCAGUGCCUUCUAUCGUUAUUUGCUGUAUACAUAUUGGCCAUUCGUUUUAUCAACUGUAUCACCACCAACAUCAUCGCAAUCCACAUACCGCCGAUCCCCUAAUCUCUCCAGUAUCUGGGGUCUUCAUUGCCUAUAUUUGCUUAGUAUUUUGCUUUCUGCUGUUUAUACCUUUUGUUUUGCGUUACCCAGAUUCUUUUUGGCCUACCCUUCGCCACCCUUCCCCUGAACCCCGAACCGCUAAAUCCGUUUAUUCUUGUCUGUUUCUUCGUUCCUUUCUCGUCGUCACCCUCCCUUACAUCUUCCUCUCUUUCCUCAACACCGUCCUCCGCCCCGCAUAAUCCCCUUUUCCCUCCAUGCUGUCGUACGCUGUCGCUAUUCCUAUGAACGUCCUCGAUUAUAGAGUCGACAUGGACUUUUUUGCUCGUCUUUUUGGGAUUGUGUUGUCGGUUACCAUAUACUUUAUCACCAUACCACCAUUUCCUCCAUACCAUAGAGUAGAUAAGAUGUACCAGACGGGUUGGUCUUUAACUCUGCUACAUAUCAUCGGUUUUGUGUACUACGUUAUGUUGUCUAGUUCUUGUUUCAUGGUAAUAAGAGUUGUUGAUACAUUGUGAACUCC